CUCGUUGGCAGAGCUCUCCCCGGAUGGAAGCUCCGGCCGCGGAGUGAUGGUGGCGGCAGCGAAGAUGGGCCGGGCAGGGACCAUGGCGGUGGCGGCAGAGGUGGCAGGGGCGGGGCGGCUGGCGGUAGAGGAGGCUGUGGUCUUCAGGGGACUGUAAGUGGAGGAAUGGCUCGGGCCAGCAGCGGGAACGGCAGCGAGGAGGCCUGGGGGGCACUUCGGGUGCCGCAACAGCAGCUUCGAGAGCUGUGCCCAGGAGUGAACAACCAGCCCUACCUCUGUGAGAGUGGUCACUGCUGCGGGGAGACUGGCUGCUGCACCUACUACUAUGAGCUCUGGUGGUUCUGGCUGCUGUGGACUGUCCUCAUCCUCUUUAGCUGCUGUUGCGCCUUCCGCCAUCGAAGAGCCAAACUCCGACUGCAGCAGCAGCAGCGGCAGCGUGAGAUCAACUUGUUGGCCUACCACGGGGCAUGCCAUGGGGCUGGCCCUGUUCCUACCGGUUCACUGCUUGACCUUCGCCUCCUCAGCGCCUUCAAACCCCCAGCCUAUGAGGACGUGGUUCACCGCCCGGGCACACCGCCGCCUCCUUACACUGCAGCCCCGGGCUGCCCCUUGACUGCUUCCAGCGAAUGCACCUGCUGCUCCUCUGCUUUUAGCUGCCCUGCCCACUUCGAGGGAACAAAUGUGGAAGGUGUUUCCUCCCACCAGACUGCCCCCCAUCAGGAGGAUGAGCCUGGGGCAGGGGUGAGCCCUGCCCCCACACCCCCCUCCUGCCGCUAUCGCCACCUGACCGGUGACUCGGGUAUCGAGCUCUGCCCUUGUCCCCACUCCAGCGAGGGUGAGCCAGUCAAGGAGGCUAGGGCUAAUGUUACCCCACCAGAUCUGGAGGACCACACCCCUUGUGCACUGCCCCUAACUCCUAUACCCCAGGUCUCUCCUGUGGGGCUGGCUACUUCCAGUGACGGGGACAUCCCAUAAGGAGUUUGGGGAGGGUAGGUGGGUUACUUGCCUACCAAAAAGAGCCCUGAUCCCAACACCUCGAGUUCUCGGUCUCUCCCCAAAUUCCUAGAAUCUGUCUAAAAGAGCUGGAGCUCUAAUGAGAGGGGCAGUGUUUGGGGGGCUGUGCUAGCUCUAUUUCCCCCCCAAGACAUACACAGGAGCCUUUGAUCUCAUUAAAGAGAUGUGAACCAGCUACUUGUG